UCCGUCGUAUACAUACUCAGCUAGUUCGGAGGUUGAAACGGAGGCUGCGCACGCGCUUUUGAUCCGAGCAUCGGCUAGAGACGCCGGCAGUCGCGCGGGAAACUUCGCGGCAUUCGGUCGAGCUUACGGCCGUGAGCAACUCUGUGAAAUAUAUUUCUCGAUCAUAUUUACGAUAACUCACAUCGAUUCGUGCGAUAUCGACGAGUACCGUGAUAUAAACUGUGAUCAUAAACUGAAGUGGUUGCUGGACACUGCUGCCAUAAUGUCUGGUUAAAUAUUUUUUGUAGAAAAACAGUGAAAUAUUAACUCUAUCCAAAUGAAGAUGACUGUGAAUCGUAUAAGGGUGGUGGUGCUAGGGAGCCCUCGGAGCGGCAAGUCUGCGGUGGUCGUGCGUUAUCUAACAAAGCGGUACAUCGGAGAAUAUAGCUCGACAGGAGAUUUCCUUUAUCAGCACAGAGUGGCUUUCGACGGUGCCGUUUCAGAAGUUGAAAUACUAGAUACAUCUAAUUGCGCGAUCCGCGGCUGUUUAGCUGAACAUGUGAGAUGGGGCGAUGCGUUCGCUGUCGUGUACUCGGUGUGUGAGCGCCGCUCCUUCUUAGCUGCAGCUGAACUGCUCUCCUUACUGGAGCGCACGAGACUGCCCGGCUGCGCUGCCGUCACCCUCUUAGGGAAUAAACGUGACCUCGAACACGCCAGGGAGGUCCAUGCAGAGGAGGGUCAAGAACUGUCGCUGAGAUUCGGCUGUCAGUUCUACGAGGUGUCGGCGGCGGAGUCGUGCGCGGGCGCAGCGCUUGCGUUCCACGCGCUGUUGCGGGAGGCGCGCGCGCUGGCGCUCUUGUUGCCCGCCCCCAGGCGAAAGCUUGCUGCCUACUCUGUCUCUAAAGUAAUUGGCACGAUAUUUGGAAAAAACAGCAAAAGUGUCAGAAAGAAAAGGCCAUCGUUGAGCAUUUAAUGUACAUAUAAUUUAUUCUUAAUUCACUUUCAGACUGGUUUGUAAAUAAUUAAUUUUAAUUUAAUGUAAGGUUUCCAAGUUAUGUAGCUACGUUUAUGUUGACGUCUACUUCAUUUGUGAUUGUGAUUCUCAAUAAUAAAAACGGAUUUACUCAAGAAUUAUCUAUAUAAAUAUAUACAUAUAUCCGGAAGCCAUAUCUCACACAGUGAAGAAAUUCAUAUGUAAAUAUUAUAUUUGAUAAUAAAAAUGUAAAUAAAACAAUAAGGUAAUACACCUCGCAUUAGAAUUUUAAUUUUUAAAUAUAAAUGUUGUAAAUAAUAAUCUUAAGGUGGAUAAAAUUUAUG